AUGAGUUCUAAGCAACUUCCAGCCUUUCCUGCAUCAAAGAUCAAAGAAAUCAUUACGCAAGAUCCGGACCUCAAGGAUAUUCCAAAGAAAGGAAUUGAUAUGUUACGUGUUGCAGCUGAAGAAUUUGCAAGAUAUACAUUCAAAAAGAUAAACGAAGAAUCUAAGAAGAAAGGAAAAGCUAAAAUGACUUCUCAACACUUCGUUGCUGCAAUCAAUAAUGAUCCAGCUCUAAAAGCAAUUCUUGGUCAAUUUAUAGUUACCGAAGAACAACAAAAUCAACCACACCAAGAGGAGCAAGUUGAAGAAAAUGAAGCAGCUAAUGAACAAGAAGAAAAUGAGCCAGAAGCUGAAGAAAAAGAAGAAGAAAAACAACCAGAAGAAGAAGCUAAUGAAAAUGAAGAAAAAGAUAGUGGGGAAGAAGAUCCGCAACGUAGUGAGCAACCAUCUGUUGAACAGAGUGAACAAGUUUCAGAUCUUGAAGAUGAUAUGUGA